GGGAGAGUUUUUCUGAGUGUGAGCGGCUGCAUGAGACGGAGAUUUGUGAGGACGCACGGGUAACAGAGGAGAACCCAGAGGAGGUGAGUGACGGGUUUACCCUCGGAGGGGUAAAAAAGAUGACCGUGGUGUCCCAGGAGAACCACAACGACACUGUGGUCGUAACUCCUUUGUUGCAAGAUGCUGCUGACUUGGAAGCAGCCGACACGGAGUGCAGCGAGCGAGUGGUCAUCAACAUCUCGGGUCUGCGCUUCGAGACGCAGCUAAAGACCCUCUCGCGCUUCCCCAGCACGCUUUUGGGAGAUCCACGUAAACGGAUGCGUUUCUUUGACCCUCUGAGGAAUGAAUACUUCUUUGACAGGAACAGGCCGAGCUUUGACGCCGUCCUCUAUUAUUACCAGUCAGGAGGGAGGCUCCGGAGGCCCGUCAGUGUACCUGUGGAUAUUUUCCUGGAGGAGUUAAAGUUUUAUGAAUUUGAGGAGGAGACCAUUGAACUUUUCAAAGACGAUGAGGGUUUAUCGAGGGAGGAGGAUCGCCCUCUGCCAACCAACAUAUACCAACGCCAGUUAUGGCUCCUUUUUGAGUAUCCAGAAAGCUCAGGACCUGCACGGAUAAACGCCAUUGUGUCUGUUGUGGUUAUUUUAAUAUCUAUUAUCAUAUUCUGCAUGGAGACUUUACCCGAGUUUAGAGAGGUCCCACUGGUGCCAAAAACUCAUCCCAAUGGGAGUAUCAUCGCCUUUGAGCCCAGUCCGUUCACAGAUCCGUUUUUCAUGGUGGAGACACUUUGCAUCGUGUGGUUCUCCUUUGAGUUCACCAUGAGGUUUCUGUCGUGCCCCAGUAAAGCAGCUUUCUUUAAAAACAUCAUGAAUAUAAUCGAUGUUGUGGCAAUAGCUCCAUAUUUUAUCACCCUGGGCCUUGACCUGGCGGAGCAUCAGGGCAGCAGUCAGCAGGCAGCGUCUCUGGCCAUCCUCAGGGUCAUCCGUCUGGUCCGAGUCUUCAGGAUCUUUAAACUUUCCAGGCACUCCAAAGGUCUCCAGAUCCUCGGCCAGACGCUUCAAGCCAGCCUCAGGGAGCUGGGACUGCUCAUCUUCUUCCUGAUCAUUGGAGUUGUUUUAUUCUCCAGUUCGGUUUAUUUCGCAGAAGCAGAAGACCCAGAUUCUGGAUUUACAAGUAUACCCGAUGCGUUUUGGUGGGCAGUGGUGACAAUGACGACAGUUGGAUAUGGAGACAUGUGCCCCUCCACCAUUGGGGGCAAAUUCGUCGGAUCGUUGUGCGCCAUUGCAGGAGUGCUAACCAUAGCUUUACCUGUCCCUGUCAUAGUGUCAAAUUUCAAUUAUUUCUACCACAGAGAGAACGAGGAUGAGGAAAAUGUUGUGUAUGUGCAUGUCAAAUGCGGGCAGCAGCAGCAGCCCUCCUUAAGUGAAAGUGAUUCAAACAAAAGCAACCAAUCGCUCUCCAAAACUGAGUCCUUCCAGGAGAGCGACUAUUUGGAAACUUUGACGCAUCCAAAAGUAAUCCCAGUGGAGACAUGCACAGUGAGACUGACAGAGGUAUAAAACGUUGGAAGGAGUUUUUAUUUCUGGUGAGUUGUCUUCCAGUGGACAUAUCAUUAAAGCUCCUACAUGCUGGGGGCUUUUACGCAAUCUGUUUUAAAGUAUUUUUCUAAAAGUGGAGCCUCAUAUGUUUAUGCUACAGGAGCCCCCACCAAAGUGAGAACUGGCUUAAAUGUACCGUGAUGUAUUAAAAUGUGGCAAGGGAGGGGAGCAACAGUCAAUACAUGGGGAACUGUGCAGUAAAGCGAUACCAUAGCCCUGACGUGCAAACAUUUGGGAACCCCUGGGGCACACAGGGCAUAGCUGAAAUACCACUAGCCGUAAUCGAGCCAUGCUAACAAACUGAGCAGUCAAUAGAGGAUCAUUGAAAAACAAUGUGUUCGUCUUUAAUUUCUCAGUUCAGUCAAAACAUUUUUUGUAAAAAGUCCCUUAAAUGUUGUUUACGCACGAACCAAACUUUGAUACGAUCACGUAUCCCAAACGAGUUACGCAAGAGUUAGAAGGAAAUGGGUUUGUAUUUCGCUUUGAUGACUCAUAACUGCUGUCCCUUUUGGAACAUUCGAUCUUUUUUACGUCUGUUUGGACUGUGAAUUGUUGGCUUAAUCCCUCAGGGUACUAUUGUCAAAAGUGUACAUGUUUUACAUAAUAACGACGAGAUCACUUAUCCAUAGUUAAAAUAUACAUGUCUCUUAAUGACAGCAUCGCUUUCUGUACUUUUCUUCCAAAAAAACAAACCUCACUUUAGGAGCCAUCCCAGACUUUGUUUAUUCGGAGUUUGCAGCAUACCUUUAUUCAAUCUGAUCAGGAAAGUGAGCUGUGAGCGCCCCUCUGUGGAUGAAACUCAUCCCUGCUCAGAAUGCUGUGUAAAAUGAAAACUUCAGCUUGUGUAUCUCUGCACUGCUGCACAUGACAUUGACUGAUUUAGGCAUAAACCCCUGAGAUCAUGCUCUUUGACUGUAUGGAUGCUUGUGAUGGUUAACUAAGCUCAGCAGAAGCCUGACUGCUCUCUAUUACUGUUUACUUAGUGAGUUUUAUUUUCGGCUUACUUGCAGGAGGCAGAUGAGUUUGUGAAGCGUGUUUCAGAGUCACAACAAAACACAAGCGUGGGAUUAUUUUCUUCUCCAAAGUAGUGGAUACUUUUCUCACUGAUAUUUUUGCAUUGCCAGUGUUGUAUAUAUACAGAGAUGGAGGAAAUGCUUUGGAAAGAUUCAGUCUGCGAUAAUGGACAUUGUGUUUAUCAACAGUAGAAAAAACAACAUUCUUUUAUAGGCUUUAUUGAUGACCACGCUUUCUGUGUAUAAAAAGCCUUGUGCAUGUAUACUGCGUUUUUUUGUAAUUCUGAAUUAUUUUCUUAUGCAGUUUUAAUGCAAACUUGGAAUGGCAACUUGUCUCUGUGUUGUUGCAAUCAUUCGGAUUGCAUUGCAGCUACACGAGAACAUAGCCCACAUAGACAUUACAAUGCAAUGUCUGCAUGACACGAAUGCAUUGUGAAUUUUAAAUGUAAUAAAAUAUUUAUUUUUAUAAUUCAAACAUGUAUGUGAACUUAACUUAAUCCUUUUUUUAUAAAUAAAUUAUGAAUCAGAA